CAGAAAACUAGCUGAACCGGCAGAGGGCCAGAAUGCAGCCGAUCACUAAGAACCAGCCACCAGUGUUUGACAAGCCUAAAGUAGAACUUCAUGUCCAUUUGGAUGGAGCCAUCAAGCCUGAAACCAUCUUGUUCUAUGCUGAGAGGAGAGGAAUCCCACUUCCUGCCAACACAGUGGAUAAACUCCAGGAUAUCAUUGGCAUGGACAAGCCCCUGAGCCUCCCAGAGUUCUUGGCUAGAUUUGACUACUACAUGCCAGCUAUUGCGGGUGACCGGGAGGCCAUAAAACGAGUGGCCUACGAGUUUGUGGAGAUGAAAGCAAAGGAAGGUGUGGUGUAUGUGGAGGUUCGGUAUAGCCCUCACCUGCUGGCAAACUCCAAAGUGGAGCCCAUCCCCUGGAAUCAGGCUGAGGGCGACCUCACUCCUGAUGAAGUUGUGUAUCACGUCAGCCAGGGCCUGCAGGAGGGCGAGCGAGACUUUAACGUCAAAGUCAGGUCUAUUCUAUGCUGCAUGCGCCACAAGCCAAGCUGGUCCCCUGAGGUGGUAGAACUCUGUAAGAAAUAUCGCCACCGGACCGUGGUGGCCAUCGACCUGGCUGGAGAUGAGACCAUCGAGGAUAGCAGCCUACUAUCUGGGCAUGUACAGGCCUAUGAGGAAGCUGUGAGAAGUGGCAUUCAUCGGACAGUUCAUGCCGGAGAAGUGGGGCCAUCAAAGGUUGUCCAGCAGGCAGUGGAUGUUCUCCAUGCUGAGAGGAUAGGCCAUGGCUACCACACUCUGGAAGACCCUACCCUGUACAACAAGUUGCUGAAGGAGAACAUGCAUUUUGAGGUCUGUCCCUGGUCGAGCUAUCUCACAGGAGCCUGGAAACCAGACACCCAGCAUGCGGUCAUACGAUUUAAAGACGAUAAGGCUAACUAUUCACUCAACACCGAUGACCCCCUCAUCUUCAAGUCUACCAUUGAUACAGAUUACGGCAUGGUGAAAACAGAAAUGGGCUUCACUGAGGAAGAGUUUAUAAGACUGAAUAUCAAUGCAGCCAAGUCCAGCUUCCUUCCAGACGAUGAGAAAAAGGAGCUCCUGGACCAACUGUACAAGGCCUAUCAGAUUCCACAGCCAACCUCCAAAGCGUCAGAGUGAUGAUGCCUCUGCAGGACAGAGCAGGAGAAAAACUACUGAUCUCCAGAAUGCCUCCGUAACUACCAUGCACUCAGGAACCAGAUUCAAGCUUCCCUCCCAGUCGGGCGGGGGCACUCUUCUCUUACCCAUUUUCUUUCAUGGGGCAAUGUCAAUGAGCAAAUCAACUCUUUUCCUGCCAUACAAGUAGCCAGCUGUGCUUUCAUUAAUAUACCUCGAUGCAGAAACAUUUAUUUUGUACAGAACUGCUCACCAUCCAUAGGACUAGGGCUAUGGCUUAUACAAUCCCAAGAGUCUGCUGGGUGGUGACGGGGGUGGUGGUGGUGCUCGAAUCAAUAAAAGUAAUCAAUCUAGUUUUUGUGUUGCUGAGUUUGCCCCAGGGUUGUUAUGGGGAGGGAAGGAUAUGGCUGUGCAGACAUGACUUGGACUGGCCCUUUCUCAGAGUGCCAAGUGGGCCUCAGCUUUGCUGGGCUGACCCUGGACUCAGUUUUCAGCCUGGGGAGCUCUCUUUGAGGAUCAUGAUCUGGUAGCACUGAGAUUUCUCGGUGACCACCAUGGGGCAUCAGAGUAGUUUGGGGAAUAGGGAGUAAAGAUAAAGGUUUGGGUUCCCCACUAUUGGAAGUAGGCAGGGAAGGAGUGGGAAGGAAAUCCACUAUUGGGGAAACAUCCUGGCUGUUUUCAUAAUGUUUUACAGCUACCAAGUACUUUUCCCAUCUGCUAUCUUUUUUUUUUUUUUUUAAACCCUCACCUUCU